AUGUUUCUCAACGUGCUCCUCAUAGUGGCAGUCAUGACCCCGGCCGUGUGCUCCUAUAACCCCAUAGGCACAAAUUCGGGAAUGAUAACUCGUACUUGGUCACACUCUCAAAGCACCCAAGCCAUCGGCCAGUCUACCAUAUAUCCUGUCACUGCGAUCUCCUCUAUCGUCGAGAUCAAACCCAAAGGCAUCAAAGUUCCGGAAGAUGAAGGCCGAGAGGAAUCCGAUCAUUUAACUCUCAAAAUGUUUCAGACACGGCCUAUUGGUAGAUCUACAGUCACUCGCAGUCGCUCGACUUCGGCCGAGAAUAGCGACAAGACCUCGCGCAUGAUCAAAGCAAACUUGGACACUUUGAGUAUCACCUCCAUCCGCAUCACUCUGACCAAACCUGGGGAUCCAUGGACGACUCUCCCAGAUCCUGAUGAAGGAACUACGCUUCCUUGGUUCACAGACUCAGCAGUUACGUCUAUUGCAACGACUGCAGAAGAAACGGCAUCUGCAACCACUACAGUUGAGACUCCAUCUCCGACUGCUCCAGAAGAGACCGAGUCCCCGACACCUCCAAAGGAACAUCGUCUCUCCGGCAGUCAAAUAGCUGCCGCUGUUAUAGGCGCGCUCUUAGGCACGGCCCUUAUCUUGCUCUGCGGCUGCGUCGCUGUUCAAUACCGCCAUAAACUCAAUCGCCCCAAGCCCGAACCCAGGCCUAUGUAUACAGCCAGGAGAGAGACUCCCGCCGUCUCAGAACCCAGAAGUCAAUCGUACUUCGAUGUCUCGACUCCAAAUAUCAGCAGAAUUCUCAUGGCGGCUUGGCCAGAUUUAUUCCGGGGCCGGCGAAAUCCAUCUCCUCGACCGGAUCCUGAGCCAGAAGUCUUGAUUCCUCAAAGGCCUAUGUACCAACCUUAUAUUGAGGAUGCUCAAACGUUUACUUCAAGUGUAUACAGUCAGGACAGCCGGGUGCAACAAAUGCCUGAAAUUGCCAGACCUCCUGGUAAUUAUAUCUAG